CAUAUUUCAAUCUCUUCACACUCUCUCUCUCUCUCUCUCUCUCUCUCUCUCUUUCUGUCUCAGUGGGUCUCUGUUUCUUCACUUCUUCACAAGCCGCAUAUUCUACUUGUUGCUGCACCCAAUCUGAAUCCAAAGAGAUGGUGGGUCAGAAUCUUUCACCAAAGGAAAAGAAUAGAGAUUGGAUUAGAGCUCUUAUGAAUAGUAGCUCUGGUUACUGUGAUGAUCAUCAUGAUCUUCGAUCUAAUGAGAAGAAUAGUUUCUGUGUAGAUUGUGCAGUUAGAUUGUGUAGGCACUGUAAGGAAGCUCAUUCCCUUCAUAGAAACUUUCAGAUAUACCGAUAUUCCUAUCAGGAUGUUUUUCGACAUUCCGAGUUGCAGAAGCAUUUUGAUUGCUCAAAGAUUCAGACUUACAUAUCAAAUAACGAAAGGAUUGUGCAUCUGAAACCCCGUCCUUCAAUCUAUAAAUCUAAAGCUUCUGAUCGAAGCCCUGAACCUAAAUCCAAAGAAAGCAACUUAUCAGCAAGACUUAAGUCUGGUGGUACUACAUGCGAAAAAUGUGGAAAACACAUACAAGAUGAGCGUAAUCGUUUCUGCUCCAUUACAUGCAAGAUCUCAUUGCUUCCCAUUGAGCCUCAAAGCCAAGGUCCAAUUCAUCACUCACAAAGGAGUUCAAUUGAUUCUAUCAACAAAAUUGGUAGAUGCACCAUCACUCAAAAACCUGAAACUAUUGACUUUACUAUGACUGAUAACCAUAAUUCUUCGGAACCGGAGUCGUCUAUCUCUGAAGCCGAGCCGUGUGGAUGGGUUGAAGUUGUGAAUUUCAGAAAGCGCCCAAGAAAAACCAUCCCUCAGAGGCCUCUCUUUGUUUUCAUUUCUUAGAAGUUAUCACUAUCACUACUUACUCUACUAUCUCCUUUGAUUUUUGCUUUCAACUAAUCAUUUUUGGAUAUUAAGAUAUCUUGAACAUUUAAGGGAAACUCAACUCCAUUAUACCCCAUAUUGGGCUUGAAGUAUAAAUUGAGGGGUUUGAGGUACAGUGGCUAUGAGAAAAGUAACUGGCUGAGCUUGUACAGUACAGCUUAAAACAAUUUAGUAUUUUUUUUUUUUAUAAUCAAAUGUUACUAUAUUAGUUGUUAUAUUAGUAUUUUCUUCUUCACUGCAUUACUAUAGUAUUGACACUCAUAAUUUUAUCACUAUCUUUUGGAAUUCAUCUCACUUUUGUGCAUGUAUGCACUCUAA